AUGGCUCCAGCUGUAGUGGAAACGCCACAACCACCACCUGCAGCAACAAAGGCCUCAUUAGCUACCGUGACAGAGUCGUAUGACGAUACGCUCCGGUUCUAUCUAAAUGGCACAAAAAUUAUACUUGACUCUGUUGACCCAGAGGCUACCUUACUAGAGUACCUUCGAGGAGUAGGACUUACGGGCACAAAGCUGGGAUGUGCCGAAGGAGGGUGUGGUGCAUGCACAGUGGUUGUCUCGUACCGCAAUCCUACCACGAAGAAAAUAUACCAUGCCUCCGUAAACGCAUGUCUGGCACCCCUUGUCAGUGUCGAUGGAAAACACGUUAUAACGGUGGAAGGGAUAGGAAGCUCUAAAAAUCCACAUUCGGUCCAACAACGAAUAGCUGUUGGAAAUGGUAGCCAAUGUGGCUUCUGUACACCGGGAAUAGUCAUGAGCUUAUAUGCAUUACUAAGAAAUAAUCCUACCCCUUCCGAACUUGCUAUCGAAGAAGCAUUCGAUGGUAACCUUUGCCGAUGCACCGGAUACCGCUCAAUCCUCGAUUCUGCUCAAUCAUUUUCCACUCCAUCAUGCGCCAAAGCUCGAGCGAACGGGGGCUCAGGAUGCUGCAAGGAGAACGGUGGAAGCUGCAAUGGCGGUGCAAAGAAUGGGGAUUAUGACGAUACAAUACAAAAAUCUAUUGCUAAAUCGUUCGACUCCCCAGAUUUUAUCCCCUACAGCCCGGAAACCGAGCUCAUAUUCCCACCACCACUCCACAGACAUGAAUUCAAACCAUUAAGUUUUGGUAACAAAAAGAGACGGUGGUAUAGACCUGUGACCCUACAACAGCUGCUGGAGAUAAAAAAUGCAUAUCCAGAGUCCAAGGUCAUAGCAGGAAGCUCUGAAACCCAAAUUGAAAUCAAAUUCAAGGCCAGACAGUAUACACACUCGAUAUAUGUUGGCGAUAUUCAGGAGUUGAAACAGUACACUUUCACCGAUGACUAUCUAGACCUUGGAGCAAAUGUUUCGCUUACCGAUCUAGAGGAGAUUUGUGACGAAGCUGUUAAGCGGUAUGGACCUGUCAAGGCACAACCAUUCGUCGCCAUCAAGAAGCAGAUUCGAUACUUUGCCGGGCGACAGAUACGGAAUGUGGCAUCACCAGCUGGAAAUAUAGCCACGGCUUCCCCAAUCUCUGAUUUAAACCCGGUGUUCGUCGCAACUGGCACGAUUCUUUUCGCCAAAUCGCUGAAGGGGGAGGUAGAAAUACCAAUGGGCCAGUUUUUCAAAGGAUAUCGAACAACUGCAUUACCCGCUAAUGCUGUUGUUUCAAAGUUACGCAUCCCUCUGGCUCAAGAGAGGGGCGAAUAUCUACGGGCGUACAAGCAGGCCAAAAGAAAGGAUGAUGAUAUUGCCAUUGUGAACGCUGCAUUGCGCGUGUCAUUAUCUGAUUUAAACAUUGUUACAAGUGCGAAUUUAGUAUAUGGUGGGAUGGCACCAACAACGAUACCUGCAAAGAACGCAGAAGCCUACGUUGUUGGGAAGAACUGGGCAGACCCUGCAACAAUUGAAGGUGUAAUAGAUGCCCUUAGUGAGGAUUUUGACCUUCCAUCAUCAGUACCAGGCGGCAUGCCUACUUACCGGAAAACCCUUGCUUUUAGCUUCUUCUAUCGAUUUUAUCAUGAUGUCCUUUCGUCUAUACAAGGUGUCCAGGUCCACUGUGAGGAAGAUGCUGUACCAGAGAUUGAACGGGCGUUAUCAUCCGGGGUUAAAGACCAUGGUGCAACGGUUGCAUACACUCAAAAUGUUCUCGGGAAGGCAACACCUACUGUCUCCGCAUUACUGCAAACGACAGGAGAGGCUCAGUAUACGGACGACAUUCCAGUACAGAAAAACGAACUAUUUGGAUGCCUCGUCCUUUCGAACAAAGCACGAGCUAAAAUCAUCAGCGUCGACUUCACUCCAGCUCUGGAUAUACCUGGUGUUGUAGACUUUGUGAGCGCCAAAGACCUUUUAAAUCCCGGAUCCAACUGGUGGGGGGCACCAGUUGCGGAUGAAGUAUACUUUGCAGUUGAUGAAGUUAUCACCGAUGGUCAACCUCUUGGGAUGAUUCUUGCCACGUCUGCUAGGCUGGCUGAGGCAGGGUCCAGAGCUGUGAAGGUUGAAUAUGAAGUUCUUCCUGCUAUUCUGACCAUUGAACAGGCAAUUGAAAAGAACUCAUUCUUUAAAAACGUCACGCCAGAAAUUAAAAAGGGAGAUACUGAAGCAGCUUUUGCCUCUUCAGACCAUGUCUACAGCGGUGUCUCUAGAAUGGGAGGCCAAGAGCACUUUUACCUUGAAACUCAUGCUUGCGUCGUCAUACCAAAGCCAGAAGAUGAAGAAAUUGAAGUCUUCAGCAGUACUCAAAACCCUGCAGAAGUUCAAGCAUUCGUCGCCAAAAUUACAGGCGUCGCAGAGAACAAGGUUGUCUGCCGAGUAAAACGACUUGGAGGAGGGUUCGGUGGUAAAGAGUCCCGAUCUGUGCAGAUAGCUGGUAUAUGUGCUCUUGCUGCAAAGAAGACCAAGAAGCCUGUCCGUUGUAUGCUUAACCGUGAUGAGGAUAUUGCUACUAGUGGACAGCGCCACCCUUUCCUAUGCCAUUGGAAAGUAGGCGUAAGCAAGGAUGGUAAAUUCCAGGCACUUGAUGCAGACGUCUACGCAAAUGGUGGACACUCUCAAGAUCUUUCACUUGGAGUUGUUCAGAGAGCCCUUUCUCAUAUUGAUGGAGUUUAUAUGAUACCCAACGUUCACGUUCGCGGGUACCUUUGCCGUACAAAUACGGUUUCGAAUACUGCCUUCCGAGGAUUUGGGGGUCCGCAGGGCAUGUUUUUUGCCGAAACUUUUGUCUCUGAGAUUGCAGAUCAUCUUAAUAUCCCAGUAGAAAAGUUGAGGGAGAUUAACAUGUACAAAGACAAUGAGGAAACGCAUUACAACCAGGCACUUACCGAUUGGCAUGUACCGCUGAUGUAUAAGCAGGUUCUCGAGGAGUCGAACUAUUAUACCCGCCAAAAAGCCGUGGAGGAAUAUAACAAAACCCAUAAAUGGUCGAAGAGGGGGAUAGCUAUAAUACCCACUAAGUUUGGUCUUUCGUUCACAGCAUUGUUCCUAAACCAAGCAGGCGCUUUGGUACACAUAUACCGUGAUGGCAGCAUUCUUUUAGCCCAUGGGGGCACGGAGAUGGGUCAAGGGCUUCAUACCAAAAUGGUCAUGAUUGCUGCUGAGGCCCUAAAAGUCCCUCAAUCAAGCGUCUUCAUAUCAGAGACCGCCACCAACACCGUAGCCAAUUCAUCCCCCACCGCCGCUUCUGCAAGUUCUGAUCUAAACGGCUAUGCAGUGUUUAAUGCUUGUGAGCAACUCAAUGAACGGCUCCGUCCGUAUCGAGAAGCAAACCCAAAGGCUACUAUGAAAGAAUUAGCAACAUCAGCAUACUUCGACCGUGUGAAUCUUUCAGCACAAGGCUUCUACAAGACGCCCGAGAUUGGAUAUAAAUGGGGUGAAAAUACAGGCAAGAUGUUCUACUACUUCACACAGGGUGUCACCGCUGCAGAGGUGGAAAUAGAUGCGCUGACGGGAGAUUGGACUCCGUUACGUGCCGAUAUAAAAAUGGACGUGGGUCGUAGUAUCAACCCAUCCAUCGACUAUGGUCAGAUCGAGGGCGCGUUCAUCCAGGGACAAGGUCUAUUCACAACCGAAGAAAGCCUUUGGCAUCGUGCAUCUGGGCAGAUAUUUACGCGUGGUCCUGGGACCUAUAAGAUACCAGGAUUCAGAGAUAUCCCACAGGUGUUCAACGUUAGUCUUCUGAAAGAUGUGGAAUGGAAGGACCUACGGACUAUCCAGCGGUCAAGAGGAGUGGGUGAGCCACCUUUGUUUAUGGGUAGUGCAGUUUUCUUCGCUAUUCGAGAUGCGCUUAAAGCAGCCCGGAAGGAGUGGGGAUCAGAGGAUGUACUGCACUUGAAUAGUCCCGCUACUCCAGAGAGAAUCAGGAUCUCUUGCUGUGAUCCCCUUGUUGAACGGAGUCGGGUGGAGGACAAAGGUGAUGGAUUCUUUAUUACUAUUUAA